GACUGUCCAGCCGUGGAAAGUGCAGCCGGUGGUCCCAAUAACGGAGCCGUCUGGGUAGCAGUUAUGGCCCGGAGGGGGGAAGACCUGGCGGCUCGGCGCUGCUCCCCCUCCAGCUAUGGGCUCUUGCUGCCCCCCUGCAGGAGAGCACCAAGAGACGGACAAGUGUUGCCGUGAACAUGACCACUGCCAGCACCUCAUCUACCCCUUCACCUACAAGUACGGGCACCACAACCUGCGUUGGCAUACCAUCAGCCACUGCGACUGCGACAGGAGGCUGAAAGACUGCUUGAGUGCCGUGAACACAGCUGCUUCCCGCGUGGUGGGACAAGCCUUUUUCAACAUCAUCCAGGUGCCUUGCUUCGAGUUUGUCUACAAGGAGGUCUGCGUGGAGUCCUACCUCUAUGUGUGGUGCAAGAACCACAGCACCAUGGCUGUUGCUGUCCUCCGGGACCCGGUGAUGUUCGACUAUGGAGGAGAACUGAUAGACGUGCCAGCAACACGCCGCCAGCCGUCACCGGCCGCUUCCACCGCCGUUUCCCCCAAGAGCCGCUUCCAACCAGCGGGGAGCUCUGCUUCUCCUCCUCCCCGGAAGCCAGGCCAGACUGCCAAGAGACGGCCCACCCUCGGCCCCCGGGCCAGGCCAAGCAGCGUGGCCCCAAAGCCUCGGAAGGGCAAAGGGAAGGAAAGACCAGGCCGGAAAGGGAAGGGGGCAAAGAAAAAGCAGAAAGGCGCCUGGGCCAAGGCAGGCGCUCCUGCAGCCCCCCUGCGCCCCACCAGGGAGGGAGCCACCGUCUCCCUGAAGCAGCUGGCUGUUCAGGAGCUGGGGAAGGGGGACACCCAGGCCCCAGGCAGGCACCCUGAGGUGGGGCAGGGGGACUCUUUCAAUGCCAUCCUCAGUGAUGAGCCUGGCAGAGGAGGGACUGACCUGGGGGCUGGCGCUCCGCCUGAGAGCACUCAGACCACCACCCCUGGGCCGUCUGGGAGGAGGAGGAGGAGGAGGAAGAGGAAGAGGAGGAAGAAGCUCCAGAAGGAAGAAGAAACAUUGCCACGUCAUCAGCAGCCCUCUGUGCCCAGCAGAGACUUGGAGGAGGAAGCAGGGGCAGCGUAAAGAAGGAGCAAAACGCCACUCACCCAAACCUUCUCCCCCAUGGCAGCAGCUCUCUCUGGGGCAGAGGGACCCUGCAGCUGAAGCGCCAACAGAAGACCCAGCCUGCUCAGCUGGCCUUAAUCAAGAAGGAAUAAAAGCGGGCAAACCAUG